AUGCUUGUGGCUAUUGAGCCAAAGGUGAAACUGGAGGAACAAUAUUUCUGUAGAAGACUAGAAUUUGACAAGGUCAUCAGUAAUUCCAAUUCCAAAAUCUGGUGCUUCAUGAAAGAAGACCUUGACUGUGAAAUCUUGAUCUCGCAAGAGCAAUUUCUACACCUUCGUAUCUUUUCAGACUUUUGGCCAAAUGGAAUACUGUGCACUUGGGUCUAUGCUAAACACACUAGAGCAGAAAGACGAAAAUUGUGGGAUGCGCUCAGAAACAUCGACGAGGGAGAAGAACCUUGGCUCCUUGGUGGUGAUUUCAACACUGUUCUGUACUGUAGUGAAAGAAAAGGAGGCGCUGCUCCAAAAACUAGAAUGAUGGAGGAUUUUGGAGACAUGAUGAUGGACUGUGGCCUUCAGGAUGCGGGAUUCGAGGGUUCUAAAUUUACUUGGUCUAGGAACAGACUCUGGCAACGUCUUGAUAGGUUCUUAUUCUCCCACACGUGGACCCAAGCAUUCCGCCUAUCUCAUAUUCAACACCUCACAAGGAAUGUUUCAGAUCAUUGCCCGCUCCUUCUCUCGAUCAAACAAGAAAUGAAGACAGGUCUAACACCCUUCCGUAUCCAAAACAUGUGGAAUAAGCACCACGAUUUCAAGCGUUGUGUGACUACUUGGUGGCAGCAUACUAUCCAUGGCCAAGGUAUGUUUGCUUUCCAACAGAAGCUCUACCGGAUUAAAGCAACUUUGAAAUUGUGGAACACCGAAGUUUUUGAAAAUAUUUUUCAAAAUAUCAUGGAUGCUGAACAAAGAGUCAAGGUUGCGGAACACGCAUACGAUGGGGACCCUUUUGAUGAGAAUCUCAUCGCAAUGAACAAGGCAACAACUGAGCUAACAUUUGCUCUUUCUGUUGAAGAAAGCUACUAG